UCAGCACUUUGGAUUUAUUCCUCUUAACUCUGUGAAUCAAGUCAUCAUCUUUUGAGCCAAUUUUGAAAAUGGUUGUUAAGGGUUAAUAAUGCAAAUCAAAUGAUGAAUUUGUGUCUGACCAUGCAUUCCUUGUCUUAUUAACAUGUUUGGCUAUAUAUGAUAUAAAAUAUAUUUUAAAGUUGGAAAUUGAAAGCCAAACAAGCACAAGAAAUUUCCUGAUUGUAAUUGUAUAUAUGGUUUAUAAUGAACGACAAAAUCACUAUCAAGUCAAGGUGCAUUAGGUGGCUUUGGACUGUGAUGCUUGACUUAUAUAUGUUAUUAGCUUGUCAAGGUUGUAAGAAGACUUGGAAUGAAGUCAAUACACGCAAAGACAAUCAAAUUUAUUAAAUCUUCAAUUGCAGUAUUUCUCCGAGGGAGGACACGAACACUAAGGUAUUCAGAAAAAUGGUUUAUAAGUUUUAGGGAAGUAUCUGUUCUUCCCUAAUUUGUCUGAAAAUAACUUACAAGCUUUGUGUCCCACUUGGCACUCAGAGGCCCGAGAUCCAUGGCUGUCAAUGGAGAACAGUAGGCAUCAAGGAGGGAUAACCAAUGUAACAGUGACCUACUGUUAACAUAGCAGAAAGUUAAAGUAUUAGAGACACCAUCCGCAAUGGUUUUCUUCCAAGCUUGUGGAAGAAACAUGGAAAGGAACAAACCAUACUUGGUAAUGAUAUUCAUACAAUUUGUCUACGCCGGCAUGUCAUUGAUGUCCAAGGCAGCAAUCACCGAGGGAAUGAAUCCUUACGUGUUUGUUGUUUGUCGCCAAGCGCUUGCUACGCUAGCAUUGGCGCCUUUCGCCCUCUACCUAGAAAGAAACAAAGAUUCGCCUCCACUAUCGCUCCCCUUGCUUGGAAAAAUAUUUGCAAUCUCCACGGGGAUCACAUUGAGUUUGAAUCUCUUCUACUUUGCACUCAAUUAUGUCUCUGCAACAUUUGCCACUGCCUUAACCAACACAAUUCCGGUCAUCACUUUCAUCUUAGCCGUCUGCUUCAGGAUGGAAAGCCUGAACCUAAAACAAAGGCAAGGAAUGGUUAAAGUUGUCGGGUCUACACUAGGCCUUUUAGGCGCUCUGUUAUGUACUUUUGCCCGGGGCCCUGCAAUGUAUUCGGAAAGGGAAAAAGACAUCUUACAUCUAUCUAAACAAACUUAUACAAAACAUGGCUGGAUAAAGGGCUCUCUUGUCAUUCUAGCAGCCAAUGUGUCGUGGUCUUCGUGGUUAAUCAUGCAGGGUCACCUGAUCAAGCAAUAUCCGACUAAGCUUCGGCUUACAGCUCUGCAAUGUUUUUUCAGCUGCAUUUCUUCGGCAAUUUGGGCUGCAGCAAAGGAGAGGAAUGUAGAGGCAUGGAAACUUGGAUGGAAUGUUAAUCUCCUUUCAGUUUUAUAUUGUGGAUUGAUUGUGACUGCAAUUAGUUAUUGGUUGCAAGUUUGGGUCGUGGAGAAAAAGGGGCCAGUUUUCACUGCUGUAUUCAGUCCAUUGGCACUUAUUAUUACAGCUAUAUUCUCUGCUGUGCUGUUCCAGGAGACACUUCACUGGGGAAGUGUUCUUGGAGCUAUACUACUAGUAAUCGGCCUCUACGGCAUUCUGUGGGCGAAGAGCGAAGAAGGAAAAACUGAAGCAGACAACAAGGACAGCAAGAUCGAAGAAAACAAGCGUAAGCAGGAGAACGAGAAUGAGACAGUUAAAUCAGAGGUUGCCUCCAUUGUCACCCCUCUUGCUCUGCAAAAUAUUUGUGGUUUCGACAGGAGAAGAACAUUCCGUGAUCCUUGGCUUGUGUCGAAUUUCAGGACAACGGUGAGCUUAAAUGUCAGCUACAUUGGUCUCAACUUUGUAUCCGCAACAUUUCUUGCCGCUUUAGGCAACACGGUUCCAGUCAUCACCUUCGUGAUUGCAGUCUGCUUAAGAAUGGAAAGGCUGAACAUAAGACAAAGGCAUGGAAUGGUCAAAGUGAUUGGUUCCGUGUUAGGCCUGUCGGGGGCUCUACUAUCCACUUUUGCCAGGGGCCCUGCAAUGUAUCCCGAAAGCCAGAAAAACAUAUUUCAUCUACCCAAACAAACGUACACGCGAGACGGCUGGAUAAAAGGUUCUCUCAUCAUAAUAGCAGCCAAUGUGGUGUGGUGUUUGUGGCUAGCUGCACAGGGUCCCCUGAUCAAGCAGUAUCCAGCUAAGCUUCGUCUCACGGCUCUACAAUGUCUUUUCAGUAGUGUGACUUCAGCAGUAUGGGCUGUGGCUAUGGAGAGAAAUCCAGAGUCAUGGAAAUUUGGAUGGAAUCUGAACCUCUUUACUGUUCUCUACUCUGGUGUACUAAUGGCUGGAUUUGGUUACUGGUUGAUAGCUUGGGUUGUGGAGAAGAAAGGGCCUCUUUUCACUGCAGUUUACAUGCCACUCUCACUUGUCAUUGCAGCUAUUUUCUCAGCAAUAUUUUUCCAGGAGACGAUUCACUGGGGAAGUUAUUGCUAUUUUAUUAACUUGUGGUUUUCUUUCAUGGUGGGGCUGAAGUUUUUGUGGAAUGAUAGUGCUGGAGGAUCUCCGGCGAAUUCCAUGGCCAGCUUGCAAGGUUGUGUGAGAAAUAUGGAGAGGAAUAAACCAUACUUAUUUAUGAUACUUUCACAAUUUUUGGGUGCAGGCACGUCCUUGUUGUCUAAAGCAUCAAUCAAUGAAGGAAUGAAUCCUUAUGUGUUUGUGGUUCAUCGACAAGCAUUUGCUGCACUAGCAUUGGCUCCAUUUGCUUUCUUCAUGGAGAGAAACAAGCAGUGGCCUCCAUUAUCAGCUUCCUUGCUCUGCAAAAUACUUGUGGUAUCUACAGGGACCACGGUGAAUUUAAAUCUGGCCUACUAUGCAUACAACUAUAUAUCUGCAACAUUUGUUACGGCCUUAGUCAACACAAUUCCGGCCAUUACCUUUGUAUUAGCCGUCUGCUUCAGAAUGGAAAGCCUGAAUAUAAGACAAAGGCAUGGAAUGGUCAAAGCGAUCGGUUCUGCAUUAGGCCUUUUAGGAGCUCUGCUAUGUACUUUUACAAGAGGCCCUGCCGUGUAUCAUGAAAGCCAGAAAGACGUAUUACAUCUAUCCAAACAAACCUACACCAAUGGGGGCUGGAUAAAGGGUUCUCUCAUCAUGAUGACAGCCAAUGUGGUGUGGUGUUUGUGGCUAAUUGCGCAGGCUUCACUGGUCAAGCUAUAUCCUGCAAAGUUCCGUCUCACGGCUCUACAAAGUCUUUUCAGCUGCAUAACUUCUACAAUAUGGGCAGUGGCAAUGGAAAGAAAUCCAGAGUCAUGGAAACUUGGAUGGAAUCUCAACCUCCUUGCUGUUUUCUAUUGUGUACGCGGAGUGAUAGUGGCUGGACUCUGUUACUGGUUGCUAGCCUGGGCUGUGGAGAAGAAGGGACCUGUGUUCACUGCAGUUUUCAGCCCACUGUCACUUCUCAUUACAGCUAUCUUUUCUGCAAUAUUUUUCCAGGAGACACUUCACUGGGGAAGUGUUUGUGGAGCAAUAAUUCUGGUAAUCGGCCUUUACGGCAUUCUAUGGGCUAAGAGCAGAGAAGAUAAGCCUGAAGCAACAGAAAACCACAAGGGGGAGAGUGAAGAGAUUAAAGGAACUGAUAUAGAAUACACUUCCACAAGAGAAUAAUUUCAAGAAACAAAAGAAUCCAAAUGCAGGCUAUGAAGAAGUGGGAAAAUCAAAGACCUUGAUUCAAAAUGUAAUACAUCUCAGAGAAUUCUCAGCCGUUUUUGCUUUGGAUCAGUUGCAGCAAUGGAAGAGAAAUGGCCCCUUCAAGUUAUUAUGCUCAAUUGUAAAUAACAAACUUCAUUUUUCAGCAUAGAGAGAUCCAAAGACAAUAAAUUCUUGUGCUCAUCCUC